AGCGAGCUGGCGGGCGGACGGCGGGCGGGCGGUCGUAGCUGCAGCCCGGGCGCCGCGCGGGCUGGUGGGCCCCGCACCUUCCUCCUCCGCUUCCCCGGUGCCCUCGGACAUGGUGGCCCCCGGCUCUGUGACCAGCCGGCUGGGCGCGGUGUUCCCCUUCCUGCUGGUCCUGGUGGACCUGCAGUACGAAGGUGCUGAAUGUGGAGUAAAUGCAGAUGUUGAGAAACAUCUUGAAUUGGGCAAGAAGUUACUUGCAGCUGGACAGCUAGCUGAUGCUUUAUCUCAGUUUCAUGCUGCAGUAGAUGGUGACCCUGAUAACUAUAUUGCAUACUAUCGGAGAGCUACUGUAUUUUUAGCUAUGGGUAAAUCAAAAGCAGCACUUCCUGAUUUAACUAAAGUGAUUGAAUUGAAGAUGGAUUUCACUGCAGCAAGAUUACAGAGAGGUCAUUUAUUGCUCAAACAAGGAAAACUUGAUGAAGCAGAAGAUGAUUUUAAAAAAGUGCUCAAAUCCAAUCCAAGUGAAAAUGAAGAAAAGGAAGCUCAGUCUCAACUUAGAAAAUCUGAUGAAAUGCAGCGUUUGCGCUCACAAGUACUUGAUGCUUUCGAAAACGCAGAUUAUACUGCUGCUAUAACCUUCCUUGAUAAGAUUUUAGAGGUUUGUGUUUGGGAUGCAGAAUUACGAGAACUUCGAGCUGAAUGUUACAUACAAGAAGGGGAACCUAGAAAGGCUAUAAGUGACUUAAAAGCUGCAUCCAAACUGAAGAAUGAUAAUACUGAGGCAUUUUAUAAGAUCAGCACACUGUACUACCAACUAGGAGACCACGAACUAUCCCUCAGUGAAGUUCGGGAAUGUCUUAAACUUGAUCAGGAUCAUAAAAGGUGUUUUGCACAUUAUAAGCAAGUGAAGAAACUUAAUAAAUUGAUUGGGUCAGCUGAAGAGCUCAUCAGAGAUGGCAGGUACAUGGAUGCCACUAGCAAGUAUGAGUCUGUCAUGAAAACAGAGCCCAAUGUCGCUGAAUAUACAGUUCGCUCAAAAGAACGGAUUUGUCACUGCUUUUCAAAGGAUGAAAAGCCUGUCGAGGCCAUUCGAGUAUGUUCUGAAGUGUUACAGUUGGAACCGGACAACGUGAAUGCCCUGAAAGAUCGAGCAGAGGCCUACUUAAUUGAAGAAAUGUAUGAUGAAGCUAUUCAGGAUUAUGAAGCUGCUCAGGAGCACAAUGAAAAUGACCAGCAGAUCCGAGAAGGUCUAGAGAAAGCACAGAGACUACUGAAACAGUCACAGAAACGAGAUUAUUAUAAAAUCUUGGGAGUAAAAAGAAAUGCCAAAAAGCAAGAAAUCAUUAAAGCAUACCGGAAAUUAGCAUUGCAGUGGCAUCCAGAUAACUUCCAGAAUGAAGAAGAAAAGAAAAAAGCUGAGAAAAAGUUCAUUGACAUAGCAGCUGCUAAAGAAGUCCUCUCUGACCCAGAAAUGAGGAAGAAGUUUGAUGAUGGAGAAGAUCCCCUGGAUGCAGAGAGCCAGCAGGGCGGCGGCGGCAACCCUUUCCACAGGAGCUGGAACUCAUGGCAGGGCUUCAACCCCUUCAACUCAGGAGGACCGUUUCGAUUUAAAUUCCACUUCAAUUAAACCAUUUUUCUGCUUUUUUUUCUUUUUUUUUUUUAAGAUUAAAACAAACCUUGUUCUGGGAUCCUAAUGAAAAAAUAGUCAAAUAUUUCAGUUUGUCCAUGACCAAAGAGUUGUUUCAGUAGGGAAAAGGCUGUUCCUACAUAUUUGAAACUUAAGGUUGUGACGUAUGUGGGGAGGUAAGAAAGGUUCUGCUUCUGACCGUGUUUGGGAGACAUGGGCUGAGGCGGCUCACCUGUGGAGGUGCUCACAGUCCGCAGUUUUCUACAUUGGAGCAGGUAGAGCUUCUGUUCACAGCCUUUGCACAGUGCCUGUAGGAGCUGGAAUCCUUGUGGGGUGUGUGCGUUUCAGUAUUCCUACAGAGAUGAACAGUGGUAUGUUCUCUGAGGACAAAUACACUUACUUUGGUCAGUGCAGUCACUUGCAAGCGUGAAAUCACUGUGCCUCCUUUAUUAUGUAUGCAUUUACUCCGUGCCAGUGCCAACACAACUGUCACUGAGGAGAGAGCAGAGUCCAUGUCUUGGUAAACUUGCUACCACACAGUCAUCAGAAUGUUCAGGUAUGAACUGGACUGGUUAAGGAUAUAGUCAUGGUUAUUGCUGAAUAUUUACAGGAGAAUUCCAACUUGAAUUUAAUCAUAAAAACCUAUGGCCCCUUUUGUUUAAUAUGAAAUGGAAAAACUAAAAUAUGUAAAACAGGUUCAGAUAGUAUGGGUAGUAUUAUUUAAAAUAUUGCUGAAGUUCAGCUUGAAGUACUUUUUAAACAAAUGAAGUUCUGAAUUGCAUAUAAUUUCUAUGCCCAAGUUGGCUUAGAAAGGUAAAGUUGCUCAGUCAGUAUAAACAAAGCAUGCGUGAUUCCCACUCUGAAGCAAUACAAGUGGGCAGCUUCCCCUCUCCCUUCUCCGUCACUGGGUCCAACCCUGCGGGCCGCGCUGCCUCCUGGUGCCUUGGCUGCCCCCAGCUCCCCAGCAGGCCCAGAUGCUGCCAGUGGCCUCUUGCCCUGCGUGGAUGGGCUUGUGAUCCUGCCAGCCCUCCUACGAAGUACGACAAGGUAAGAAAUGCACUACUCAGUCUAGAUAUACUAGGUAGUUCUGGCCCUAAGAAAAUGAGUGUUACUAAAUCAAGAAUGUUGAAGAUGUAUGCAAAUACUGAUGUUGCAUUUAAAAUCUAAGAUGAGAAUUAUUGCCUUUAUUCUAGAAAGGUUUUUGUUUCUGUCUUGAAGCAUUUAAGCACUAAAGGGUCUACUAUAUUGUCUUUAUGAAAUUUAAGUAUUUUAAUUUGUUAUGGAAGGCUGUCUGACUCUGAAUGUCUGUAGAAGCCAAGCACAAGUCGUCGUCUUCUAUCUACAGUCAUAGCUUGACCCUUGCCUAACAAGAUUUUUUGAUGUGAAGAAUAGUUUGUAUGGUUCAAAUCACUUUAAUUGCACAAAACAUUUAAGUGCUUUUUGCAUCUCCCUUGGAGCUUAUUUCUUACCAACAGUGCAUUUUUAAAACUAUUGAUCACCUUGCAGUUUUCCUUUCACUUUCAUGUCUAAAAUUUUAGGCCAGUGCGAAAAUAACUUCCACGCUAGUUCACUUCUGUCUGUUGAUGUACUGUUAGUAAUCUUGUGACUUCACUAGUUAUAGGACUGGUUUUUUAAUCUGGCUCCUGUGGUGGCGUCACUGACCUCUGAAAUACAGCGGUGGCCUCUACUCUCCAGUGCGAGGAUUUGCAUAGUUGGAGCACAGGAAACAUGAAGUCGCUCAUUCCUCCAUUCGGAGAGGGAGAAAAGUUGCCAAGAACAAGGAGUCCGAGCCAGGUGGGGGGGGUCGAGGGCUGGGCCGCACGGGAGAUGCUUCCAGCCUGGUUGCCUCAACUUGCUGCCCAGAGGCUUUGCAUUUUAUUUUUCCUCCAUUUCUAACGAUCACAACAACAGUGGAUUUCGUUGUCACCUGAAACGUGCACACAUGCUCGCCUGUGAAGAGGAAGGAGCAGCUUCGUUGCCAGGCGUUCAGUGCCAGUGCCCAGCAGGAAGCGAGGCCUCAGGAAUCUGCGGCUUCGCUGAUGAAGGAAAAUAAAUGGCCUUUCGGUUCCCGCCUGGAUUUCCACCCAAUGAGUGCUCUCCUACACAGUGACUGCAAGUCCUGGGGAUGUGAAGUCACUUGGCGUCUCUCCCUCCUGCCAUGUUGCCGUGUGGAAACGUUACUCAAAUAGCUUCUUCCCUUUUUUUCUUUUUUUUUGGUAGGCACACUUCUCUAUUUCAGUCUGUUUUUAUAGACUGCAGGUACCCACUUACUUUUGUGGCAAUUCUGGGAAAAAUAAGAGCUAGCUCUAGCUGAAUUCUACCCCGUUGUAACCCCCCAUCUUUUUUUGGUGAUUUCUGGAGCGCAGUGUCUUUGGCUGGGUGCUGUGCCUGCUCUCCAGAGCAGCAAGUGUUAAUACGGCAGCGUGUGAACAUAAACACGGCGUGCAAUGGGGCGCUUUGAAUUCAUCCCUCAGUCCCGCAAGUGUGUGCUUUCAUUCCAUGAAUAGAUGAAAGCCUCGAAAACAAUGCCCACAGAUCACUGUUGUCAAUUGGAUGUGACAAGUUCCCCUUAGUAGGCACUAAAAGUUUACUUGUAAAUAUCAGUAUGGGAAAACAAGUUAUUGAGCAAGCUCUGUUAUGGAACCUAAAAAAAAAAUACUCAUUUUUUUAACAGAAAAUUAUUACUGAUAACUUGUUUUUAUAAAAACAACAAGUAGAAUAAUUUGAGAUUGGCACCAUUUUCUAUUGGUGUAUAAAGGAAAAAUACCUUUUUUUUUGUGGCACUGGUGGUAGAACUCAGACUUGACGCUUGCUCAGCUUGCGUGCUGAGCUUGAGUCACAACUUCAGUCCUUUGCUGGUCUUGAAGACUUUCUCCUGGGCUGCCUUUGAACUGCAAUCCUUCAGAUUUCAGCCUCCUGAGAUGCUUGGGUUACAAAGUGCAAGCCACUGGAGCCCAGGAAUAUUUCACUUUUAAAGCUAUGCAGUUGGUCUGAGCUGUACUGACAUUUACCAUGAAGAAAGUAUAAGAUGCAGAAGUUAAACAUAUGUCUCAGUUAACUCUGUCAGAUCUACCUGCCCUAAAGAUACAGGGCACUGGUGGUGGGUACGGGUGACUGGUGAUAUUUUCAGUGAGGACACAUCAGUGAGAUAACCUAAGGAAAGAUAGGCAACUUCCUUGAAUUCAGUUGACUUUUUCAUAGUUACAAAGGAAGGCAAAUGCUAAUUUGUCAAUAAUGACAUCUGUUUUAGAUCAGAUCAUUCCUUUCAUGUUAGUGGCAGAGUUUAAUUUAUUCUGUAGUUUCAAGAGAUGUUAAGAGGGGGGAAUACUUUUUAACAGAUGAUCUCAUUUGCUGAAUGAUUGAAGAGUAAAGUUAGCCACUGCGUGGCUUCAUGUACAGUAACAACAGAUCUUGUACUCGUCUGUGGGUAAAACACCUAAAGGGGAAGCAGGGCACAGAGGUCGGAACUAGAGGUAUCCUUACCCAAGUUAAGGGUCUGGUUUGUUCUGAAUGAGACAAGACUAACUUAAUCCCUCUCAGCAUAGUGUUUUAAUAGAAAGGGAACUGAACAUUAAUUGAAAUGGCUCUCAUAAAUGUCUACAAAUAUGGGUACUAUUUUUAUGCCCGUGUAUUUUCACAUUUAAUAAAAAUAUUUAUGGUCAUAUCAGUA